AUCGGGGAAUCCUACACACAUAAACAGAUCCGCAGGAGAAAGAAGGAUGAAAAAAAGAGAAAUAAAAAGAUAAAGGGGGAGAAGAUAAAGAGAGAGCAGGAGGAGCUACGGAGAAGAAGGAACAAACGGUUGAAACUCCAUGAGGCGCAAUGUAAGGGGGAGAUGCGUCGCGAGAAGAAUGAGCGCAGGGGGAAACAACACAAGAAGGGGGAGCGUCGAAGCAGGGACCGAAUUGGGGACGACCACCACGGGAGGAAAGGCCAAUCCAAGAGGGGAGACUCUUCCUCCGCAUCGCCUGCCUCUUCCUCUGCGCGGUCCGCCUCUUCCCCCGCGCGGUCUGCCUCGUCCUCAUCCACUACCCCCUGCAGCGACAGCAGCGGUCACUCCCGUUCCCCGAAGCCCAACGCAUCACGGGGGAAGAAAAAUCACAGAACAAGGCACGCAAGAAAAAGGGGCGAA